CCGAAGAAGGAUUAAAAGCAGCUAGCAAAAUCCUUGGCAGCGUGCCAGUUAUUGACGCUAUGAUACAAUCCCAACUUUCGGAACUUGCCACAGAUGUCGGAGCAUUAAAAGACGGAUUAAAUAAUGUUAAAGCCGAUUUAGAAGCCCAAGGCAAAGCCCUUAAAGGCCAAAUUGAGGGAGUAAAAUCCGAACUCGAAGGAGCCAUUCAACAACAAGGAAAAAAGUUUGAUAAAGAAAUCAAAAACUUAGAUGCCAAAAUUGCUGCUGCCCAAGGAGAAACUAAACGAGAAUUAGAAAACCAAAAAAAGGCCAUGGCUGCUCAAAAACAAGAACUAGAAAGCCAAAUUAAACAAGUAACUGAGCAACUAACUAAAGCCCAAAACGAACUAAAAAAAGAACUAGACGACUUUAAAUCCGAAGUCAACGAAAAAUUCGAACAACAAGAAAAGAAAAUCUUAGAAAACAAAAAAAGAAUCGAAGAAGAAAAACGCCAACGAGAAGCCGAAAUCAAAGAAGUCAAAGACAAAAUCAGCCAAGCCAACACCAAAAUCAACAAUCUCCAACGAGAAAAAGACGAACUCCAAGAAGACUUCCAAAAAUAUCAACACCAAACUAGUCGCAAAAUGGAAGAAGUCCAACAAGAUUUCGAGGACUACCAAGCUGAAACCGACAGCAAAUUCCGCACCCAACAGGCUAAAUACCAAGCUGAUUUAGAAGAAGCUAAAGAAGAGUUCGAAGCCAAAUCAAAAAACCUGGACACUCAACUGAAAGAUAAUCAAGAAAUUCUUACUGAACACGAGGAAGAUUUAGCCGAAGUAAAAUACCAACAAAAAAAGCAAAAUAUCCUCAAUCAAGAAAUCUACGAAAACUUACAAGAAACCAACGACCUCUUAUUCGCUCAGCAAAGAAAACUAACCCUAGUGUCCCAGCAAAUGGAAGACAUCCAAGAAGAAGUCCACCUGAGAAUGGAUAAACUCUCCACUGAAUUAGAACAAAGAACAUCACAAACUCUUACUAUCGCCCAACAGGCUAAUCAAAAAGUAGAUAAAUUAUCCCAAGAUAUGAAAAACAUGCGGGAAGACUUGGAAAAUUUGGAAGACCAAGUUCAAAAAAAUAAAGAAACAACCGAAAAGGUUCGGCAGGAAGCCAAACGAGAAAAUGAACGCUUGGAGCAAAUCAUCAAAACUCAACAAUUAUUAGACACUUCCGCGGAGGAUGCUAAAAUAAACAAAAUCCAAAAGUCUCUCGAACUCAAAGCCGAAGAAGCCAAGUUAUUAGCUACUUUGAAUCUCUUAAAAGAAACUAAAAACUUACAAGUUUUGGAAGAAAUAAAUACCGCUCAAAGAAAAGUGCUUGAACAACUCCAAGCCAUUCAAGCCGAAAUCAAGCAAGAAUUAGAUACGGUGGAAAAUGCUCCGCCCUCAGCAUCUCCCCCACCUAAGCCCUCAGUAUCUUAUAAUCUCCAAGUCAUCUCUGCUGAAAGUAAAGUCAAAAUUAAGAAAAAAGCCUUAGAGCGACAAAAACAAUCCGAAAAACAAGCCCAGCAAAAGGCUCAAUCCCAACCCACUAAAACUAAUCAGCAAUUAGUCCAGGAAGCCCAGGAAGAUACUAAACAAGCCCAAAAAGAACUAACCCAAGCCCAGGAAGAAUUACAAUCUUUACAAGUUAAACAAGAAUUCGAAGAACAAAUGGAGAAAUUGGAAGCCGAAACAACCGAAGAUAAGCAGCAAGAAAUAGUCCAACAAUGA